CUCUUCUUUGCCCCCACAAGCCCACAUGACCUUGUAGUUUCUACUGUACCUUUCUCUCAUCAUCAAAGUCCCACUUUAUAUAACCCCCUCUACUCAUCUUUCCAUUCUCACCAUCUCUCAAAAAUCAGAAUACUUCUCUAUCCUUUUUCCAGAACUCUAAAAAACAAAACAAGAGAGAAGACUAUUACAAAUGGCUUACAAAAAAUCAAACAGACUAUCCCAAGCAGCUCUGAUCAAGCAGAUUCUUAAGAGAUGUUCGAGCCUGGGGAAGCGACAGAGCUACGACGAACAAGGGCUGCCUCUUGAUGUGCCAAAAGGCCACUUCGUUGUCUACGUUGGCGAAAACAGGACAAGAUACAUUGUCCCGAUUUCGUUCCUGAAUUAUCCCGAGUUUCAGAACCUUUUGCAUCAAGCAGCUGAAGAAUUCGGGUUUGAUCACGACAUGGGCCUCACGAUUCCCUGUGACCAGGAUGUUUUCGAAAGUCUAACGUCAAUGCUUCGAUGAGAGGAUGAUCGAUCAAGUUGUUUGAUUUUGUUACAUAAAGCUCCCUCCAACGGGAAAUUAACGAUCAUGAAGCUGCUUCCUGCUUCUGCGGCUUUUAUUUCACUUGUAGUAGUCUUUUUUUACUUUUGGGAUAAUUUCUUAUAGUUGCUAAGCUAACUGAAAAUCCCAUGGGGUUCAGAUUUGUAUAUCUCAAAAGUUCAAUUUUUUCUUCGCAGUGGUGUUCAUUUCACCCUGUGCGAGAGAGCUAAUAUUAAGGAUCUUUGGAGUUUUUUACUCCCUUCACCACA